CUGCAGAGAACGACAACGCCGUAAACGUGUAGCACAUCCAAAAAAAAAACCUAAUAAGAGUACAAAAUAAAAUUGUAAAAUGUUUUCGCUUACUUUGCUUGCCUGUUUGGCUAUCGCAGCCUGUGCCACGCCCAGUCAAAGAUUGGGUGAAUCGAAGCUUUUGCAGGCCAUUCGCAGCACCAGCGAGCUGCAGCAGGACAAUCCGACACGUUCCCUGGAAUGCUUCCAGUAUUACAGCGAAAUCUUCGAUCAGCUGCUACAGCAAUACGAGCAGGAAUUCCAGGCCUGCCAGAAUACAUCUCAGCUCCAGAUCUCGCUGGCGGAUGAAAGCUUUAAGCCUGUCCUAAGCUCUUUGAACAACAGCGCGGCGAACGCCUGCGAAUUAAUAGAUAAUUGUAAUAAUCAAUUGGAUAGCUUGACAAGUUUGGCCUGCUACUCAGGGGUGGGCACCAGCGAUGCCAAAAUCAUGUACAACAUUUCGAACACAGCCAGCCAAUAUUACGGCCAGCUGCAUCAGCGCAUUCAAAUGAUUCAGUUCACGGAAGAACAGUGCACGAGUGAAUCGAAGCGCAGCUAUGAGCUUAGCACGGAUCAGGCUUAUGUCAAUCUACAAGGCUGUCUGAUGGGCAAUGAACCAGUGCCGGUAAAAACCACAUCAGUUCCAGUGACAACCACACCAGAACCAGUUCCAGAACCGACUUUUUCGGUUCCAGUUACAAAUACCUCAGCUCCAGUUAAGACAACGUCAGUUCCACUGAUGACCACAUCUGUUCCAGCUGUAAAUACAACUACUCCAGAACCAGUUCCAGAAACGACUACAUCAGUUCCAGUAACGACCACAUCAGUUCCAGUUAAAACUACACCAGAACCAGGUACAACUUCCUCAGUUCCAAUUAAAACAACUCGAUUCCCACGAAGGACCACAAAAGCUCCAGGUAAAAGACCAAAGACUACAUCUGCUCCUGUUAUGUUUACGUCGGCUUUAACUACGGCUACGCCCACGACUUCUGACGCACCUGGUUACCAACCGAGCCUGAGCGCUGAGCUGAAAAAGCUGCUGCAUUCUCUGCUACACUAGACAACAUGGUUUAUGUCGCAGCGCAGAACUGCAUUAAAAUAGGUAACAAACUGACAAACAUUGGCUAUCAUUCGGGUCUGAAAGGGGGCCGCAAACUUUUGUAAUCUCGGUUGGGCGGGGGAUCCCCACAGAAAAGAAACAGUAAAAGGGAAAGUAAAGAAAAAGCAAUUUUAUGGAAAUGUUGGCCAAAUAUUGACAUAGCCCAAGCCCAGCCGACAACUUCAAUGGUAAACUUAACUAAACCAAUUGCAACUCUGCAAGUGUAACUUACAUAAUUAACGCUUGUCGAUGUAAACUAGUUUCUAUACCGAUGACUGACAGACUAGCAGAUGCCCUGUACACAGUCUUAGUGUAGAAUAAAUUUAUUUUAAAAUAACUAAAUAAAUGUUAUAUUAAAGUAUUGUAAGAAAAUUGCUGUGAAAUAAAAUUUAAGUUAUAAGAAUACCAAAAAACGUAACACAACAAAAA